CAUAUGUUUAACACAUGCAUCUUCUAAAAAAAUUCCGCUGGUCAUCGGCGGAGUGUUUGACAUCGACACAAAGCUUGGAGAUGAAAACUCUGCAAGUAUGAUCCCAAUAGUGCGCAUGGCGAUAAAACAUGUGAAUGAAUGUCCCAAAACACUGGUGAACUAUGAACUGCAAAUGGAAGUCAAAGACGUCAAGUGUCAAGACUCCGAUGCAAUCCACGCGUUCACUGAGUUCAUUCGAGAGGAGAAGAAGAAAAUCAUGAUCUUAGGACCUGGUUGUUCCAAAUCAGCAGAACCGUUUGCCAAGGCUACUCCUUUCUACAACUUGGUUCAAGUGGCUAUGGCGGGAGCAAACCCGGCUCUAUCAUGCGCGAAGAUCUUUCCAACGUUCAUGCGCACCAUACCACCGGAGCAUUUUCAAAACCAGGGAAGAGUGGCGAUCGUGAAACAUUUCAAAUGGAGAAGAGUGGCCAUACUGCGAGAGAAUAUGGACACUUACCAAGGACUUUCCAACGAUUUGGUCAAAAGGUUGAAAAAGGCUGGGAUACAGUUGGCCAGUUAUCAGACUUUCACCGGCAACGCUGAGUUGCAGAUUGAAAACAUACAGAAAAACGACUUGCGAAUAAUUUUUGGCAUGUUUUCAGAGAAAGCCGCAAGAAAAGUUAUUUGCACGGCUUUUCAGAAGGGGUUUUAUGGUCCUAAAGUCGUCUGGAUUCUGAUGGCGGGUGGGUACAGAGAACAAUGGUGGGGCUACAAUGAUGUGAAUUGCACCAAAGAGGAACUUUGCAAGGCACUCGGGAACUACCUUAGUACCGAGGCGUUGAUGAUUGGAAAAGAUAAUCAGGAUACGAUUGCCAGAAAGACCAUAGAAGAACUCAGAGCUGAGUACAAGGCAGAGCUGUCCAAGACUCCUUACAAAGAGCCCAGCCGUCGCGCCGCCUUUGCUUAUGACGCUGUGUGGACUAUAGCCCUUACUUUGCACAAGUCUAUCUCAGCACUUCAACAGCAAAACGAAACCAGAAACAUGUCAUUGGAAGACUUUGACUAUAAUAAUACUGCUAUGAGGAAGACAUUCAUGAAGGUUGCAAAAGGGGUAUCAUUUCAGGGAAUGUCUGGCUUGGUACAAUUCUACAAGAACUCUGACAGGCUAAGCUUGCUUAACAUUGAUCAGCGUCAACGUGGCGAAAUGAAACGAAUUGGAACUUAUGAUAUGAAAAGGAAAGUUAUCGUAGUCGAUAAGAGCCAAACAGCGCAGUGGGAAGAUAAAAAGGUUCCAGCCUGCACGAUCAAAAAAAUCCUUGAGCCACGGUACCUUCCCAAGAGUAUGGUAUUUACCAUGGAUGGAUUGUGCGUGCUCGGGAUCCUCUUUGCGGCAGGGCUCUUCUUUUUCAACUUUAAGUAUCGAAAUGUCAGGUAUAUUCGAAUGUCCAGCCCGAAUAUGAAUAACAUUAUUAUUCUGGGAUGUGUUUUGAUCUACAUUUCUGGAAUCCUUUUCGGCAUUGACGCUGAAAUUGUCUCAAAGAAGACCCACGAGAAAGUGUGUCAGACCAGUGCAUGGACGGCAUCAUUUGGUUUUACCAUGGCUUUCGGUGCCUUAUUCUCUAAGACAUGGAGGGUUCAUCGCAUUUUUAUGAACAAACUUAAAAAAACGGUGAUCCAAGACUACCAGCUAAUCAUUGUGGUAAUUCUUCUCCUGAUGAUUGACGCCUGCGUCCUUUCCACCUGGCAAAUACUGGACCCCAUAUAUACCACUUCUAAGACCUUCCCAAGGAGGAUUGACCAAGACGGUGACAUUGCCAUUUACCCAUACCAGACCUUCUGCACUUCAAAACAUGAAAACUUAUGGACAGGUUUGCUAUAUGGUUACAAAGGCUUCCUUCUGCUAUUCUGCACCUACCUGGCAUGGGAAACUCGCAAAGUCCAUAUGCCAGCGCUAAACGAUUCCAAGCAGAUCGGCUUUGCUGUGUACAAUGUGUUCAUUCCUUGUGUCAUUAUCAUUCCUAUACUGAACCUACUGGGGAGUCACAGCGAUGCAGUGUACUUGUUAAGCACUUUGCUGUGCCUUUUCUGUACCACCAUCACUCAGUGCCUGAUCUUUGUUCCAAAGAUUUUUGCGAUGAAACGCACAAAUGGCGACCCGUCUAGUUACGAGAAGGGUUCACUCUCUUCUGGCAGUACCGUCGACAGCAAAAUUUGCCCAUCAUCUUCAGCAAAAAGCCUUGAUCUUAAUUACAAAGCGGAGAAAACAACCUUUCCACCACAUGCUGGUUAAAACAUCUUUACAUUUUGGAACCCCGUCACCAUGGAGGUACUUGCUCUAUCUUCUCAUGAAUACAGUUUCAGCAAUAAUAAUAAACAACCUAAUUGCUUUGUAUACCGGAUGGGAAAUAAAAUGAAUG